CUCGACAUCAUCAGCUCGAUCUCGAUGCUCGACCAACGGGACUCUUGGUUCGCAAUCACAAUGUUGUCCCGCUUCCCAUUUCCCUGUUGACGGUUGAAGCAUCCAGAGACCCUCGAAAGCGUACGCCUUGCUCCUCACGACUCUCGCGUGCUUCCGAGACCACUGCAUUCUUCCAGCUGCAUCUUCCCACCUCGACACUUCUCCCGUUCAGCCUCGAAAUGGCCUGCCCCGCUUCCAACGUGCAAGGGCGCAUAGUCUGGGAGCCCAAGCGUGUCGAAGCGACACGCAUGGACGCAUUCCGUCGACACGUUGCCCAAAAGCGCAGCUUGCGGCUGGACAACUACGACGCCUUGUGGCAGUGGAGCGUCACGCAUCCUUGCGAGUUCUGGGCAGACGUGUGGGAUGAGGUGGACAUCAUAUCGAGCGGGCACGAUGAUGGGAAAGGAGUCAGGUGGGAGAGCGUACUUAGAGAUGCCAAGGCGCCCAUCUACCCUCCUCCCAGAUGGUUCGAAGGCGCUCGCCUAAACUUUGCAGAGAAUCUCCUGCGUCAUCGAGGAGACUCCAUAGCGUUGAUUGAGGCAUGCGAACCGAGCCCUGGCGGAGAGGAAUCGAGAAAGGACGUCUUGUUGACGCACGACGAAGUGUUCCAGCAAGUGGCGGAUUGCGCGCGGUCUUUGCGCAAAUCGGGAGUGCAAAAGGGAGAUUUCGUUGCUGCCUAUGCGCCGAACUGCAUCGCUACCAUUGUGGCCUUCUUGGCUUGCAGCAGCAUCGGAGCGGUUUGGAUUUCUUGCGCUGCAGAUUUCGGACCGGAAGGUGUGCUGGAGAGGCUGAAUGCCGUGAGGCCCAAAGUGCUGUUCACGUGCGAUGGGGUCAGGUACAACGGAAGGGUACAUGCGCACGCAGAAAAGGUCAAGCAGGUCCUUGGGGGAUUGCAACAGAGCGGCUUGAAGUUGGAUCUGCUUGUGGAGGUGGACUACGUCGGAGGAUUGCAGCCGCUGCUAGGGGCGACGCAGUGGAAAGAAUUUCUGAGGAAUGGCAUGGGAGAAGCGCAUAUCGCUUUCGAGCAGCAAGACUUCAAUGAUCCUUGCUGGGUGCUGUUUUCUAGCGGUACAACAGGCAAACCCAAAGCCAUCACCCACAGGCUUGGCGGGAUGCUGCUGCAGCUCAGCAAGGAGCAUCUCAUUCACGGCGGCCUGAACGAGAAGGACGUCUUUUUUCAGUACACUACGCCCGGUUGGAUGAUGUGGAACUUCCUGGUUGGAGCCAUGGUAGCUGGUUGUCCGCUCGUGCUGUACGAGGGCUCGCCACUCAAGCCAGCCUCGGUGUUGUGGGACUUGGCCGCGAAGUACGGCAUCACCGUUCUUGGUACCUCGGCCGCUUAUCUGGGUGCCCUGCAGAGAUCCGGAUACAACCCCAAAGCGGCGCUUGGUGACAAGCUCAAAGUCAGACAGGUGCUUAGUACAGGAAGUCCAUUGAGGGCCGAGCUUUAUCCUUGGAUCAUUGAGAAUGUGGGGGACGUGCUCAUUGGAAGCAUCACUGGUGGAACUGACAUAUGCUCCCUAUUCGCGGGCCACAACGAGGCGCUACCUGUCCGGGCAGGAGAGCUGCAAGCACGGAAUCUCGGCAUGAACGUGGAUGUGGUGGAUCAGGAUGGCAAGUCUGUACCUCGUGGCGGCGAAGGAGACUUGGUCUGCAAGAGCCCAUUUCCAGUUCAGCCUCUUGGCUUCUGGGGCCAAGAUGAGAAGAGGUAUUUUGAAAGCUAUUAUGCUACGAUUCCCGGCGUUUGGUAUCAUGGAGAUCAUGUCAGUCUCACACUCAAUGGAGGUUUGGUCAUGCUAGGCCGAAGCGACGCUGUGCUCAACCCUGGCGGGAUUCGAUUCGGCUCAUCGGAGAUUUACGAAGUGCUGGAAGCCAACAAGCACGUACCCCCACUAGACACGAUCGUUACGAGCGUAGCUGCCGCUCUCAAGCUUCCAACGGGCGACGACGAAGUCGUGGUGCUCCUUCUAGUCCUGCAGUCCGACUGCCAGGCUGCAAAAGACGGGAAAGCUUUCGAAGAGCUGGUCAAGAGUGUCAGGGGCGUCGUCAGGAGUCAGAGAAGUGCAAGACAUGUGCCUCGAUUUGUCAGGCGUGUACAGAAUGUGCCGUUGACUCUGAAUGGAAAGCUCUCGGAAGUGCCAGUCAAGAAAUUACUCAAUGGCGCGUCGCUGUCCAGUGUCAAUUCUUCAACGCUUCAAAAUCCGGUACGUUGCAGUGACAUGCCACAGAGGCGCUGUGCAUCCCAUAUAGACGACUUUGCGCAGCUUGUGUUUCCUGAUAUUGAUCGAGCAAAAUUCCGCUUCUUUCUGACAGGCUGUCCUGGAAGAAUAUGUAGAGAUUGGACAAGAACUCAGGC